UCAGACUGUACCGUUUCUGAAUAUCUAAUUUUGGAAUUCUUAAUAAAACAAUAUCCGUUGUAAGUGGACAAACAAUAAGAUAAGAAGAAGAUUGAAAUAAACUCCACACGUGUAUAAAGUGAAGAAAUACACCCUUACUUUAUCAAUUAGGUGAUGUCAUUUACUGCUACACUAAAAACUUAAGCGAAAUGUCUGAAUUCCUUAUAAUUCUACAACCAGAUAAUUCUUAUCAGUCAAGUGAUUAAUAUAAAGGUUACAAAACAUCGUUAGUCCAGAAUAAUGCAUUCUUUAAAAGUUCAAUGUACGUUAUUUUUGGCGUAUGCAAACUUUCCUGCUGCCCCAUAUAUGUGACUCUCGCCGAGAAUAAACAUUGGUCAAGGUCGCCACUCCCCUCGAGGACAAUGUGCGCAGGUUACCUAACAUUAACCAAGGAGCACGUUAACUGGGCCAAGUGUCACUUCACCUACGGCAGACAGCCUCCUUAAGCAACAUGCCGCCUUAAAGACGUGCUCAAGUAACUGUGUCGUCUUAGCUGGAACCUUCCGGUGACUCUUACAGGUGUGAAGAACGAACCCUGACUCAACACUUAACCUUUAAAUGCGUACGUGUUUUUAGUUAUCGGUGACCUUGAUACAGUUUGCGACAAACAUGGCCGCGCCAGGAUUCUGUCGAACGCUCUUCUCGUAUACGUGGUUUCUUGUAAGCUGGACGUUUCAGGUGAUCUUUCUGCGCAUCCUUGGCGUCAUUUCUCCAGCAAAGCAGCGACAGAUUCUGGUUAAAGUUGCCAAGGCUACCCAGUUCUGGGACAGUCAACUCCAGUUUGACGACUAUGCAGACACCUUUCUGAGUUUCACAGCUUAUUUGGACGUGUGUUGGGCGGUGUGGCAUGACGUCACAAGCGCCGUCAGGGUCGGGUCCCGCGCGCCCUUGUGUGACGUCAUCGAACUGGAAACGGGGACUUCACGUCAUCUUUUAGAAUUUGAAAAUGCAGGCCGUCCGCUGGUGUUGAACUGUGGCAGCUGCUCCUGACCGCCGUUCCUGGCCAAGCUGGCCGACUUCAAGCGCCUCGCGGCGGACUUUGAGCAAACUGCAGAUUUCCUCACGGUUUACCUGGCUGAGGCGCAUCCACCCAGUGGUUGGGCUCUAAAAAACAACAUCGACAUCCCUCAACAUCGUUCUCUCCAGGAACGCCUAGCGGCUGCCAGAAAACUGCAGCGUUACGAUGACCACACCCCUUGCCCCAUUGUAGUUGACACCAUGGACAACGCCGUGGCUAAGACCUACGCCUGUUAUCCUGACCGUCUGUUUGUGAUACUAGACGGUAGAGUGGCCUACAGGGGAGGCCUUGGGCCGGAGGGCUACCAUUUGGACGAGGUUCGCCACUGGCUACGAAACUUCAGUGGUAUCGCUCGGAAAGAAUAGUAACUUCUUACCUACUAAGUUGCUAACGCAACAUGAAGCACAGAAGAUCCACAUAACGAAUUACAAUAUAAAAGAAUACAGACAAAAGAUACAUGAGAACAAAACAACAAAAACGGCUCAAACAGAAGAGAGGGAUAGAAGAAAAUGAAUAGAUGAUAUUGUAUAGAUUGGAAUGCAAGUAAUACGGUGGUAAUUUACAUGGCUGCCAAAAGAAGAUCAGAGCUAUUCCUUGCUAUCUUUCACGUUUUAUCAGCUUCCGAAUUCCCAAAAAUGGACGAACGAGAAAAGUUUUCAAGAGAUGAAAAGUGCGACAAAGAAUGACGGGAUGUGCCUGAAAGCCUCAGAGCGGUUCAACCCUGAAAAAUAGGUCGUUACUUUUACCUUCUACUUGAAAGUUUCACAUGUUUGUGAAAUACUUUUUAACCAAUAAAGACUUUUGUCCAA